CACCAGGAGGCAGAGGCGGGACAGCCUGGGGUCCGAUCGUGCAGUCUAGCGGCCCCAGGGCUAAAGUUUGCCAGCAGCCCCGGGAGACCAAGCGGGGGCUACGCGCCGUCUGCUGUCCCCCUCUCGCAUUCUCAUCCCGGCAUUGCUGCACUGGGGGACCGAGCUACGGCCGGGCCAGCUCCAAGGCGGGGACGCCGCGACGGAACUUAAGGCUCAAGAGGGAUGUAAAGCCCCAAAAUGACCCUGUUACCGGGAGAUAACUCAGACUAUGACUACAGCGCCCUGAGCUGCGCCUCAGACACCUCCUUCCACCCUGCCUUUUUCCCUCAGCGCCAGGCCAUCAAAGGCGUCUUCUACCGCAGGGCCCAGCGGUUGCGACCCCAGGAUGAUCUGCAUCAGGGCAGCUCACUCGGGGACCGCAGGCGACAGAUCAUCAUCAACGUGGGUGGCAUCAAGUACUCCCUACCUUGGACCACGCUGGAUGAGUUCCCACUGACACGGCUGGGCCAGCUCAAAGCCUGCACCAACUUUGAUGACAUCCUGAGCGUGUGCGAUGACUACGACGUGACCUGCAACGAGUUCUUCUUUGACCGCAACCCCGGGGCCUUCGGCACCAUCCUCACCUUCCUGCGGGCUGGCAAGCUGCGGCUGCUGCGGGAGAUGUGCGCCCUGUCCUUCCAGGAGGAGCUGCUGUACUGGGGCAUCGCCGAGGACCACCUGGAUGGCUGCUGCAAGCGUCGAUACCUGCAGAAAAUAGAGGAGUUUACGGAGAUGAUGGAGAGGGAGGAUGAGGACGAGCCGCUGGACAGCGAGGACCAAGACACUGAGGGGCCAUCCACCGGUGAGGGCCGCCUGGGCCGCUGUAUGAGGAGGCUGCGGGACAUGGUGGAGAGGCCACACUCAGGGCUGCCUGGCAAGGUGUUUGCCUGCCUGUCUGUUUUGUUCGUCACCGUCACCGCUGUCAACCUGUCUGUCAGCACCCUGCCCAGCCUGCGGGAAGAGGAAGAGCAGGGCCAGUGUUCCCAGAUGUGUCAUAACGUCUUCAUCGUGGAGUCCGUGUGCGUAGGCUGGUUCUCCCUUGAGUUCCUGUUGCGGUUCAUCCAAGCACCCAGCAAGUUCACCUUCCUGCGGAGUCCACUGACCCUCAUCGACCUGGUGGCCAUCCUGCCAUACUAUGUCACGCUGCUGGUGGAUGGCGCUGCCUCCAGCCGCCGCAAGCCAAGCACCGGAAACAGCUACCUGGACAAAGUUGGGCUGGUGCUGCGCGUACUGCGGGCACUGCGCAUCCUCUACGUGAUGCGCCUGGCUCGACACUCACUAGGGCUGCAGACGCUGGGGCUCACGGCCCGUCGCUGCACUCGCGAGUUCGGACUUCUGCUGCUUUUCCUGUGCGUAGCCAUUGCCCUCUUUGCCCCACUGCUCUAUGUCAUUGAGAACGAGAUGGCAGACAGCCCCGAAUUCACCAGCAUCCCUGCCUGCUACUGGUGGGCCGUCAUCACCAUGACAACUGUGGGCUACGGAGACAUGGUACCUAGGAGCACACCUGGCCAGGUGGUGGCUCUGAGCAGCAUCCUCAGCGGGAUCCUGCUCAUGGCCUUCCCUGUCACCUCCAUCUUCCAUACUUUCUCCCGCUCUUACCUGGAGCUCAAGCAGGAACAGGAAAGGGUGCUGAUCCGCAGGGCCCAGUACCUCAUGAAAACCAAGUCGCAGCUCAGUGGCAUGUCUCAGGACAGUGACAUCUUGUUUGGAAGUGCCUCUUCAGACACCAGGGAUAACAACUGAGGCAAGAGGACAUCCCUGCCCUGCCCUGCCUGCCAGCUACGGCUUCAUGCAACCACCGUCACUAUUGAAGCCUGGAGAAGGACUUUCGUGCUUCAAGUCCAGCCCUGGCCUGGGACUGACCCGAAUGAGCCACGCCACAAGAAGGAUCUGUGCCACAUCACCCAGAGUCCUUGCCCUCCCUCUGAGCCCAGAAGUGGAAGGGAAGUUAGCUGAAGCCAGCACCUCACCCCCCUCCCCCAGUCUCGCAUCUGUUUCCCUCCCUCGGGAGCCGACUGGCUCCUUUCCAGAUGUAAAGAACACGCCCAGCAAAACCUGCACACACAGGGGACUGCCCAGAGAAACAUCCAGACAGCAGGCAGCCGCACAUGACUUCAAUGCGUGUCCACUGAAGAGGAAAAAGCCUUCCAUUAGGGCUCUCGGGGAAGGAGCUCUGUCUCUAAGUGAAGCCAGCAGUGGGGUACCAGAAGUGCAAAGACCAUGCUGCUGGGGUCUCUGGGGUCGUGAGACACUGGUGGGAUGGAGAAAAGAGGACAGACAGACCUUUAGGGGGACCACCAUGAAUGCGGUCUCAGGCUCCUGCUGCUCCUGACUCCCGAGCCUGUCCUUCAUCCUCUUCCUGCUCACUUCUGCCCUGUGUCCUAUUAUACUCCUUGAGAACCAGCCCUCUCUUCAGACUCCCCUCGUGCCAGUACGGAGUGGGGCAUCAUAAGCCGCUCAACUCUGCUUGCUGACUUUAAGGGUGAAAUCACUUCGUUUUAUGGUUAAAAAGAAGUGAUAUUUUAGCCUACUCUGAUUUAUUUUAAUACUACAAACAACAAAAAAAAAAAACCCAAGCACUUUAUCCCCCUACUCAAGCCUCAGCCUAAACCCACAGUGGCUGUGCUUCCAGCAGGUGUGGCCCCGGGAAGUCUGGGGAGUGUGCAGGAAACCUCCUCGGUGCCCUCAAAGGGAGCCACUCCAUGGUCUCGAGAAGUAUAGUUUCUGCACCAAGAGGAACCCCGUGCCAGACUAGAUGAAUCCAUCUCAGCUCACUGUGUCUGAGUGCUGGGUACCUGGUAUUGAGGGGAUGUCACACACACAUCCACAUAUACAAACAUACAUGCACACACGAACACAUGCACACACACGGACACAUGUGCACACAGGCCACACACACUUGCCCCCAGCCUCACCGGUGCAACAACUUCCCUGACUGCUUUAUCCCACAUCCCAGCUGCCUUCUCUCUGUUCAGCAGCAGAAAUUGCACUUUGAAACAUGGCUGAUUCUGACUGUGGGCUGUGCAGCUCAAAUCCCUGCCUGCUGCCACGGCCUCCAGCUUCUCCUACACCCCCACACCUGUCCAUACAGCCCACCAGCCCUCCCACACCUCCACACCUGUCUGAAUAGUCCCCUGGCCCCCCUAUACCUCCACACCUGUCCAGACAGCCCACCAGCCCCUCCCACACCUCCACACCUGUCCAGACAGCCCACCGACCCCUCCCACACCUCCACACCGAUCAGUCUGGACAUUCCACGGGCCCCUCUACCCUCCCUUCAGGCACACCUAGCUCACCCCAUCUCAUUGCGGGCCUUCACACCUGCAGAGCCAUCUGCUGGAAUGCCCUCCCUACAGAACACUGCCUGGCUAACUCCUUCCUGAGCACCCGCCCUGUAGCCUGCAGCUUCCCACUUUCUCCCUUGUCUGCUGAAUCUCUACCAGGUGAAACUCAUUCUCGGCUCCUGAGCUCUGGUUCACAUCCUGCAGGACCAGCUCAGUGUAUAUUGGCAGGGACUCUAAAGCAGUUCCCUGCUGCCUUCCAGGACCUCGUCCAGGGGCAGCACCUAAGAGGUGUUCAGAAAACAUUUUUGAAAAGCAAAACAAAGGGGAAACAGCAAAAAGGAACAGAUAUGGAAAAUGUAUCCAUUACAGCUUAGAUCCGAAAUGUCCCCAACUGUCUAGAGCCAUACCACCCCAAAUGUGCCUGAUCUCAUCUGAAAUAUCACCCAGAAGUUCACACGUCAAAGACUUGGUUCCCCGUGCAGACAGAGGUGGGACCCGUGGUAAUGGUGUCAUGAGGGCUCUGACCCCACCGACGGCUCAACCCAUGACAAAUCCACAGCUUCAGUGGAAGCGAUAGAAAUUUAGAGGCGGUGGGGGCUGGUUGGAGGAAGUAGAUCAUCAGGGGUGUGUUGCCCCAGAUGACUUCCUCUUGAUUUCUCUCUGCUUCCGGCUACAGUGAGGGGAGCAGCAGAGUUGGACCAACGUUCCCCUAUUGGGAUGCUGCUGUACCUCGAAGUGGGCCAGAAACAAUGGAGCCGAAUGACCAUGGACUGAAACCAGAAACCAAAGUAAACCUUCC